AUAUCAGCGCUAAAUAGAUAGACCAGUGACCUGUCUUCUCCACCUGGCCUUUGUUGCAUUUUGGCAAUUUGCUAACCGAUAUCCAUACGGUUUACAAACUGAACACGUGCAAUAUCAGAUCAUUGUGCUUCUAAUAAAGCAAAUUAAGGGCAUGGAUUUGAUUCACAAGUUCUUUAACAUUGUGCUUCCUCCUUUAAACAUCAUUCUACUUGUAUGUUUUUUGCCACUAUAUCUUGUGUUCAGGUUUGCUUAUUGUCUAAAAAGACAUAUAUUCAUCGAAAAUGUGGCCGGAAAAGUUGUGCUGGUCACCGGAGCAGCCUCAGGAAUCGGCGAGCAAAUUGCUUAUGAGUACGCAAAGCGAGGAGCAUGUUUAGUGCUGGUUGACAUAAGAGAGGAUCGUCUUGGACCAGUUGCAGAGAAGGCAAAAUUUCUUGGCUCCCCAGAUGUUUUAGCUGUUGGCGCUGAUGUUUCUAAGCUGCAAGAUUCUCAAAGGUUUAUUGAGGCUGCUGUGGACCAUUUUGGCAAACUGGAUCAUCUGGUGAACAACGCUGGAACUGUAGGGCUUUUCCAAAUCGGAGUUAGCAAUCUUGAAAUGAUAACAACAAGCACACCACAAGUUCAUGAAAUUAUGGAUGUGAACUUUUGGGGUACAGCGUAUAGCACCCAUUUUGCGCUCCAACAUCUGAUAAAAAGCAAAGGCAAAAUAAUAGUUAUUGCUUCAGGUCUGGGAUGGUAUCCCUCUCCAGUAUUGGGUUUCUACUGUGCAAGCAAGGCAGCAGCAAUUAGCUUGUAUGAGUCUCUGAGAUGUGAAAUUGGUUCAGAAAUUGGCAUAACAAUAGUAACCCCUGGCCUAAUAGAAUCAGAAAUGUCUGGAGCCAUGGAAAAGGGAGGAGUAGAUUUGAUCGUACCAAAAGAGUCAAAGGAGGCAUGUGCGAAAGCAAUAGUGAAGAGUGCAUGCCGUGGAGACAAGUACUUGACAGAGCCAUCGUGGAUUAGGGUGUUGCUGCAGUGGAAGUUUUUUUAUCCUGAGGUGGUAGAGUUUGGCAACCACUGGGCUAUUUAUAGAAGGUUUAUGCAUUUAAAUAGGACUUCAACAGCUCUAUCUCCAUCUCCUCAGUUCAAGCUAGACUGAGGACAAUGUUUUAUCAAGUCCUGUUUAUUAUUCUUUUUUUUUUUCUUUUUCAAAUGUCGAUAAAAUAAGUCCUAUUUAUUUUAAUUAAAUUAAAUACAAGUUACAUUAUUCAA